UCGACUUCAACGGGGAGCAGUCACCGAAGAAGCCUUCGCUCCGAAGCAAACCGAGGAGAAAACGAAAAAUAAGCGAGAAUAAAGACAGAAGCAGAGAUCGUUUGCGUGUGUGAGAGGAGAAGAAGAAGAAGAAGAAGAAGAAGAAGAAAUGGCGUUGCAGUGGAUAAUUUUGUCUUACGUGGUUGCAGUGGAAGCAGCCAUAGCGCUUCUGCUGACACUUCCGGCACCGAAGUUGUUGAAAUCGCGCGUCGUCUCACUAAUCUCCAUCCUCCUCCAACCUGCGAUGGGCAUUGUCCCCUUCGCUGCAUUUCAGCUAUUAGAUAUCUAUUGGAAGAACGAGCACCGCUUGAUGUGCACAUCUGAGGUCUGCACCGCCGCUGAAAGGGACCGAUACGAGAAAUCUAUAUAUAAAGCUCAAAGAAAUGUUGUUCUGUGUGCUGCUGCAUGCCUUCUUUAUUGGUUUGUCUUCCGCUUAUGUAAAUAUUACAAGGAGAUUCAGAAAUUGGAAGAAGCCGAGAAGAAGCUUAAGGAUCAGUAGCUUUUUUCUCGGAGGUUACUUUCUUAUGAGAGAUGUGAAGAGAAGAUAAACGAGCCCAGUUACUAUUGUGUAUGGAAUUGAAACUCAACAGUCAAGUUAGCGAGUGUAACACUGUUUAUUAUUAUUUUUUUUGUUUCUGUUUUUGCUGUUACUUUCGUAUAUUGCUGGUACUAUAUGUUGGAACUAACCGUGGGAUGUAGCUCGUUCUCUUCGAAGUUUUGAGUUGCUAUGCAUAUUUUCCCGUUUUGAU